UUGCAGUCUCAGAUGAUGGUGGUGGCUACAUUUUCUGCUCCUCAAACUCCUUCGGAGCUCACUGAAUCAAGCACCAAUCAUGAAGAAAACCCGAAUUCGAAUACAAUUAGAGGGUCUUUCAUCAAAGACAAUGACUUCGUUGUUAAAAAGAAACCCAGAGGUAGACAGGUUCCUUCGCGGUAUUUGUCUCCAUCUCCAUCGCCUUCUUCAACAACGGCAGCUAAGAUUCCGGCGAGAUUCCCUUCAACUCUUAUUUCCCGUUCCACUAAUACAACGGCUGCGGCGUGGGCGGCGGACAAGAAUACAAAGAUGGUUCCCUCUCGCCUCUUAAAAUUGUCUCAAUCAGUGGACCGGAGGCGGCCUGGAGGUCAAGUGUUGCAAGGGAACAAUGUUGAUUCGGCGGAAUUGUCAGCUGCUACCAAGAUGUUAAUCACUUCAACGAGGAGUUUAUCCGUUUCGUUUCAAGGUGAGGCCUUUUCGCUUCCGAUUAGUAAGACCAAGUUCCAAGGUGGUUCUACUUUGAGUAAGAAAGCAUCUCCCGAGAGGCGUAGAGCUACUUCGGUGAGAGAUCACCGGGAGAACUCGAAACCCGUGGAUCAGCACCGCUGGCCUGAGAGAACCCGGCAAGGGAAUUCGGGUUCGAAUCCAUUGUCUAGGAGUUUGGAUUAUUUUGGUGAAAGGAAUUUGCUUGGUGGAUCUGGUGCAGUGCUGGUUAAGUCAUUGCAGCAGUCAUUGAUGCUUGAUGACAGUAGUAGGAGGAUAUCUUUUGAUGCCAAUUGUGUAAACGAGGCUUCUUGUGCAUCUUGUGAUCUCACUGCCUCUGAUUCGGACAGUGUGUCUUCUGGGAGCACUAAUUCUGGAAUGCAGGAAUGUGGAGGAAAUGGGAUUUCCAAAGGGAGGAGUGGUUCCGGUAGUGUUCUCGCAUCUGCGAGGUUUUGGCAGGAAACGAACAGUCGGUUAAGGCGGUUGCAGGAUCCAGGUUCACCUUUGUCUACGAUCCCCGGGGGUAGAAUUGGAGCUAUGCCUUCUCCGAGGACAAUGGCUUCUCCUAUUAGGGGAGGCACAAGGCCUGGUUCUCCUAGCAAGAUUUGGACAUCUUCGGCUUCCUCCCCGUCGAGGGGGUUAAGCCCUACUCGGGUGAGAAACGCAGUCGGUGGUCAGAUGAUUGGUGGUUCUGUUAAUACCCCUUCGAUUCUUAGCUUUUCGGUUGAUAUUCGUAGAGGAAAGGUAGGGGAGGAUCGAAUUGUCGAUGCACACAUGUUGAGGCUUCUUUAUAACCGUUACUUGCAAUGGAGAUUUGCAAAUGCAAGGGCAGAGGCUGUUUUUAUGGUGCAGGAACUGCAUGCCGAGAAAGAUCUGUGCAAUGCAUGGGUUACAACAUCGGAAUUGCAGUAUUCCGCUACUCUCAAGAGAAUCAAGUUGCUAUUGGUGAGGCAAAAAUUGAAAUUGACUUCCAUCCUGAAGGGACAAAUAUCUCAUUUGGAACCAUGGGUACUCCUCGACGGAGACCACACCAGUUCUUUGCUAGGAGCAACUGAAGCUUUAAAGGCCAGUACUCUUCGUCUUCCAAUUGUCGGACAAGCCAUAGUAGAUAUCCAGAAUCUGAAGGACGCUGUUAGUUCAGCUGUCGACGUGAUGCACGCAAUGGCGUCCUCGAUAUGCUCACUGUCAUCAAAGGUGGAGGAAAUGAAUUCUUCGGUCAAUGAACUUAUGAGUGUGGCUGCAAACGAAAGGGUUUUGCUCGAACAAUGUAAUGAUCAUUUAUCCAUGAUAGCUGCCAUUCAGGUUACCGACUGUAGCUUGAGGUCGCAUAUACUACAACGGAAUCGUGUAUCCGCUACCGGCUGCCUGGCAACGCGUGUGUAGAACUGAUCUUUCUUCGACUAUUCACCCUAAAUGCUAACAAACAUUACCAUCCAAGUUCGUGUUUUUCCGAUGGGCGGAGGCGACACUGGACAAAUAUACAAGCGGAUUGAAUAUAGCUAAGGUAAAGAAAGCAUUGGCUUUGGAUCCAAUUUUUU